AUGCUGGGGUGUAAAGAGGGUCUCUGGGGCGAAGCGGCGGGGUCUCUGGUCCGUGUACUGCGAAAAUUCUCGAAGACCCAGUGCCUUAUCUAUGUUAGCAAAGUCGGAUCUCUUGCAGAGAACGUUUCCGCCAACGAGAGAAUUGCGACGGGAGACGAAUCGACAUUGGGAGACAAAGCCAUAGCUUGGGAUGACCCUCUCCGAGACUUGAAGUCGAUAGCAUCCUCUGAUCUAGUUUUGCGGGGACGGCAUGUCUCGGUUCCAUCUCCGUUGUGCGAGACUAAGGAAUGGUUACGGCACUGGCAGGAGACUUGUGCCUGGGUCGACUGCGAAACAUGGCACAUGGCACAGGCAGCCAAGGACGUCGAAGUCAAGUUCGGUUAUUUACACAUCGUCUCGGACAACCUCGCGGAGGAAGAUGGCGAGGAUUUGUCAAAUGAGGACUGCGAUGAAAUCCAAAGCCAAAGCUCUCGGCGGCCCGCGGAAGCGGAAAGCGGACUGGUCACGCUCGGCGAGGAACACGAACCGAAGGCUCCGGGAAUCAGGGGCUCUGCCGCCAUUACCGCUCCGUCCAAGAAAACUGUCUUGAUGCCGAGCCACCUCUGUCCCCUGGAUCCCACCGUUACUCCCCCACCGUCUUUCAACUCGACGGGCCCCAGCACAUUUUCAACUCAUUUCUUCACCAACAGCACAACAACACACCGCAAUACAACAUCAUCUAGAUCGUCCUCAACGUCUUCAAGUUCGAAGAGCUCAAGCAAGCGAUCUUCUAGCUCUAGCAAGUCUUCGAGCAGAAGCUCAACGUCCUCUAGUUCCAGCACCGCCUCGUCCUCUGGUAGCAGUAGCUCCCGUGCGUCUUCGUCUUCGAAUUCUCAGGCUAGCAGCUCUCAGAGCUCCUCCACGCUUAGCUCCAGCAUUAGCUCCAGCCUCAGUUCUAGCGCACCUACGUCCUCAACACUCACUUCUGAUGCUAAUGGAAAUCCGUAUGUCCCUGUGGCUCCGAUCGCUAUUCCUGUAGUUGGUGGUGUGCCCGUGGUUCCUCCUGUUGGUGGCGGUGGUGGAGGUGGAGGCGGGGCAGGAGCGGACUCAACGACCACGACGACGAGCUCUAGUCCUAGCUCAAGCUCUAGUCCGCCAACGCCAACUAGCUCGAUAUCAGCAAGCCCCUCUUCUAGCUCGGUUGAUCCAAUCACAUCAGCUGUGGAGUUAUCUUCAGGGUCAUCCAUCGUGGAAGUUGUGACGGCAACAUCUCCUGAGACCACAAUUGAGGUCAUUGAGACUGCUACGUCUGCCGCGCCGGCUGCAACUAGUACUGCGCCAUCUCCGGUUCCGUGCUAUAACUACGAUUGGAAAUCAUACGGCUGGUGCUGCCCUGGCCCAGACUCUCCUUGCCAAAAUGACCUGGGCACCUGCUACUUUGACGGCACAGGGGCUACUAAUGUGUUGCCAAACACGGCUGCCUGUCCGCCUGGAGAGGGUGCGAGAAGUUGA